AUGCAUCGCCGACGCUCGGAGGAAGAAGGGAGAACUGGUGGUGGCGUGGCUGGAUCUUUCCAAUGCUUUUGGAUCGAUCCCGCACGCCACUAUCCUAGAGUCGCUCACCAACGCCGGGGUGCCGCGGACGAUGACAAAUAUCGUCGCCAGUAUGUAUACAGACUGCGCGACGAGGGUCCGUCACCGCUGAGGGGUACACAGAUAGGAAUCCCCAUACUAUCAGGGGUCAAACAGGGCUGCCCCCUUAGCCCCAUACUGUUCAAUCUGGCACUAGAGCCAGUAAUCCGCGUAGCCGAGGACUCCACCAUAGGAUAUAAGAUCGCGGGGGAAAGAAUUGUGGAGCUCGCCUACGCGGACGACAUCGCGCUGCUGGCGGAAUGCGAAGAGGAGAUGAGGCGACUACUACGUGAAAUUGAAAGCAUUGCAGCCAACCUGGGUCUCGCCUUCAAUGCUAAAAAGUGCGCAACACUCCAUAUCAGAGGCCGGGACGACGUACUGGACACCGUGUACCGUAUCCAGGAGGAACCCGUUCCGGCUCUGGAAAAAGGUGAGUCUUACCAACACCUAGGGAUCCCAACCGGGGUUCAGCUUGAUCAGACGCCCUACACCACGAUCCGAGGCGUGUUAGAGGAUCUGGGCGCGCUGGACCGUUCACUCCUCGCCCCCUGGCAGAAGAUCGAGGCGCUGGCGACAUUUAUUGUUCCGCGUCUCGAUUUCCUGCUGAGGGGAGCCAAUAUACGGCGAAUGACCCUGUCGGAGCUUGACAAAGCUAUCAAGCGGACGGUUAAGCUAUGGCUCCACUUGCCCCAGCGCGCUAGCCCGGAGGUAGUCCACAUUCCCCCGUCACUGGGAGGAUGUGGGCUCCCUCCGAUAGCGGACCUCGCUGAGGUCACUGCCGUGGCCCACGCAUUCAGGUUGCUGAAUGCUAAGGACACGGUAGUGGCUCGUAUCGCGAGGUUCACGCUGGAAGCUGCCGCGAGCGAGAAGCUUCGCCGAGCUCCGACCGAUCGGGAUCUUGCCCAGUACCUGUCGGGCUCUUUGGCCGGGGACUGGUCAAGACCAACGACUGGUCGUUCGUCGUUUUGGUCGAGGGUGCGGUCCGUCGCGCUGAGAUCCGGAGCGCGUCUCGGUUUUCGCUGGGAGUGGUGCGAUGAUCGAGCUGAACUCGCGAUUGUGAUGGAAUCCCGAAACGGACGUCGGGUAGUCGUGCCGCCUCUUGCCAAGGCACACGUCAUCACCAGGAUGAGGGCCGCAGUGACGGAGCACUAUGUGUCCUCGCUUCUUCGGAAGCCGGACCAAGGUAAGGUUUUCCAGGCAACCAUCCAACAUGCGGCGAGCAAUCGCUUCAUGAGGGGUGGCGCGUUUAUCCGCUUUGCUGAUUGGAGGUUUAUCCAUCGCGCCCGCCUCGACGUGCUCCCGUUAAACGGAGCCCGUCGAUGGGGGAGCGAGGAUAAACGCUGCAGGCGAUGCGGAUACACGCUGGAAAGCCUUCCUCAUGUGCUCUGCCACUGCGGUCCUCAUUCUGCCGCCAGGCAGAGACGGCACGACAACCUCGUCCUGAGGUUGAGUAAGGCGAUCCGGCUUCCCGGUGAGAUCCGGAUCAACAGGCGUGUUCCCGGGGCGACAGGAGAGUCUUCGGCGCUUCGCCCGGACAUCGUGGUUACGCACGAAGCGUCGAAGACCGUAGUACUGGUCGACGUGGCCGUGCCCUUUGAAAAUACGAUGCAGGCCAUCGCAGAUGCCAGAUUUGAGAAAAUAAAUAAGUAUCAGCAAUUAGCUGAUUCUCUGAAAGGGCGCGGCUACAAAGUGUAUCUAGAUGCCUUUAUUGUGGGCGCCCUGGGCGCCUGGGAUCCGGGGAACGAGUUCCUCCUGGAACUACUUAGAAUCUCGCCGCGAUACGCAUCCCUGAUGCGAAAAUUAAUGAUUGCAGAAACAAUCGCGUGGUCCCGAGACAUGUACGUCGAACAUGUCUCGGGCAUUAGACAGUACACGGUGUCCAGUACUGAGAACAAUAGAAACAAUGUGACAGAAGACCUGGAAGGCGAGGCCCAGGAGUCCUCAUCUCCUCGAAUGACAGGAACACCGAUAUAG